AUGGCAACCUCCCCGUUUAAUUCCCCCGAUCACCGAUCUAUGAAACGUCAAUGCUUGAAUGUCAUUGGCCACAAGGAGCUCCACUAUGCGAUAGCACUCGGCACCAUGGCCACCGACGCCGAGUCUCUCAUUUCCCCGUCCGCAAAUGAUAAGUCUCGGUGCUUCGAUGGUGAUGCCGAGAUUUCAUGA